CAAGAAAAGAAAAUGAUAUUUUCAUAAUUGAAAAGCCAAACAUUAAACCAAAAGUUUUUGAAAUUGUUUUGAGAUAUAUUUGUUCGGGAACAAUUGAUUGGAAUAUGUUAGAAGGAGAAGACUUUCUUGGUAUUUGGUUAGCGGCGGAUGAAUUUAUGUUGGACGAUUUAGAAAAACAAGUUCGAGAAUUAUUUGAAAAAAAAUCAGAAAAGUUGAAGUCAAAUUUUAUAUCAAUAGUAAAAUUGGUAUAUCAAAAUGAUGCACUGGAAAGAUUUCGAUCCAAUUGUGUAGAUAUUAUUAAUACAACAACAUGGUUUCAAGAUUGUCAUAAUUUCAAAACAUUAGAUGAAUCAAUUUUUCAGAGUUUAUUAUCAGAAGAAGAAAAUUUUGUUCAUGAUGGAGUAAUAUGGAAUUUACUAAUUUUAUGGGCAUGUUCAUCAAAAAAUCCAAUUCUAAAUACAAAUAAAGUAAUGGAAUGGUCGGACAAAGAAUUUGAAUUACUUAAGAGUAGAAUCGAACAUUUUAUACCCUAUAUCAGAUUUUCGAUGAUUUCACGUAAUGAUUAUUAUAAUCAUGUUUUACCUUAUAGACGUAUUUUGCCGGCUGAUACAACAAAUAAUGCAGCUCUGCAAUAUUAUUUUUAUUGUUUGGAUGAAGAAGGAAACCCGAAACCUGACGUUUUGCGUCCGCAUGUUAUCUUGAAUGAUUCAAAUAUUAUAAAUCAUACUCAUGUUGCCAUGAUUGGAAGAUGGAUUGAUACUGGAAGAGAAAAAGAAAAUUGUACGCAAGAUUCCUGUUCGAAUUCUGUUAUAAGUGUUGAUGAUAAUUUAAGCUUAAAUGAAGAUCAAGAAAUUCCUCCUUGCAACAUAACUUCAGCUGAAACAACAAAGAAUUCAAAUUCUCGUAAUGAAGAAAAAGGGUCAAUGAAGAUUUCGUGGAAACAAUCUUCUCCAUUGAAAAAAUUGUGGACUUUACGUAAGAACAGGCGACCUGUUUAUCCAAACGAUUCUUCCUCGACGACAACUCCGUCAACAACUAAGAAAGAAAAUAAUAACGAGAGAUUACACGUGUUUUCAAGUUCAGAUACAAAAAGUAUUUCAUCAAGAACACCCCUUCUAAAAAAUUCACCAACAUCUUCAAUUUGUUAUUCGUCACCACAAGCAUUCACUUAUAAUUUUAAAUUAAUUUAUCGUGGUAGUAGAGAUGGAUUUGAUAUAGAAUCUUAUAAUGAUAAAUGCUCAGAACAAGGGGCUACGGUAGUUGUAACUACGAUGAGUCAUUCUAAAAUUAUUUUAGGAGGAUAUUAUCCGGUAAAUACUAAAUCAGAAUAUCCGUAUGAAGUAACAGUAUGUAGCCCAGAUGCUUUUAUAUUUUCAUUCGGUGAAGGAGAUAAUCCUGAAGAAGAUGCUAUUUUAAGUAGGGUAUCAAAACAAUAUUCUCAGUUUGCUAUUUGUAGAACCGUUCAAGGACCUGGAUUUGGUAAUUAUGAUUUAGGUAUUAGAUUAGAAUAUAAAAAUCUUCCUAAAAAAAUUGUUUGUAAUCAAAAGUAUUAUGAAAAAAAAAUUAUUGUACCAAAUGAAUCAAAUGAAUUUACCUUUGAUGAUAUUGAAGUAUUUAAAAUCAUUAAAGAGGAAGUUUAAGUGGGAAUUAUCUCAGAGAAGAAAUCAUACUAAAUAUAAGAGAAUUUUUUUAAUCUGAAAAAAUUGUCCAAAUUGCAUUAAGAUAAAUAAGUUGCUGUAUAUAAAUAGUUUAUGUUAUUAUUACAAUGCAAAACCAAUUAAAUUAGACAAGCG